AUGUUUUGUGACAACAAGUUUACUUUUGAUAUUUCCAAUAUGUCUGCGCCCGUAGACAACACAUUCAUCCGAGAAUUAGAACUGAAAAACGAAGAGAAACUUAAAAUCCAUCAAUUAGAAGUAGGCGAUGUUGGUUGUGUUGUAUGGGAUGCGGCGCUAGUUAUGUGUAAAUACCUCGAGACGGCAGACUUUGAUGGCGGGGAAUCGUGGCGGGGACUAGAUGUAGUGGAAUUGGGGGCCGGUACAGGUGUACUUGGUGUGUACGCUGCCGUUUACGGUGCUAACGUAACAAUAACCGAUUUACCCGAGUUUCUGCCACUGAUGAAUCUAAACAUCGAUACCAACCAACAUCACAUAACAGGGAGAGCCGUGGCUCAGUCCUUACAGUGGGGGGAGGAAUCGCUGGGACGGACCGUCGAAUAUGUUCUCUUGGCAGACUGUAUAUACUACGAAAAGUCCCUUAGUCCUUUGGUAGAAUCCAUCUGUUCUCUAUGUUCAGACACAACUGUUGUGUUAUGCUGUUAUGAGCAGAGAACUACAGGAAAUAAACCUGAACUGGAGCGCAAGUUUUUAGAGCUGAUGUUGGAAACAUUUAACGUUGAAGAUAUCCCCUUAGAGAGACAGGAUUCUCACUUCCGCAGUGCCGACAUCCUUAUCAAACGGUUCUGGAGAAAGACAUGUACAGAAGUUGGAUGAAUAUGUAUUUUAAUAUAAUUGAUUUUUGUGAGAAUUUAUUGUA